CUUUUCAACCCCUCCUCUUCCCCUCCCUUCUCCUGUUCCUCACACUCACGCUCUCACACGGGGGAUGCCUGAAUCGGUGGAAGUCCUGAUCAGUGUUGUCGGAGUCCCUCGUCUGCUGAGGGCAGAGCCCAAACCCAGUCUAACCCAGAUCAGAAAAUACUGAAGAUCUCUGCAAUAUCAUGAGAAGGAGAAGCACUGGAAAGAGGAUUUCUUGCAGCCGAUGGACAUUUGUCAAAAGUGUUGAAGACAGGGACAGUCUCAUUUUAUAACCAGAGAGGUAUGGUGAGAAUGAAAGCUGUUUGUUGAUUAUUCUGAGGAAUGCAAAGCUUCAAACUGGGAUUUUGUGUUUAAGUCAUUAAAGACACUGACAGAAGAGGAUCCACCAGAGCGGAAUAUUUAUAGCAAACCACUUUGGAAGAAAAAAAACUCACAUUUUUAUAAUUGCAGAGAAAUAAGUGUAUUAUUUUUCAGCAUGUGCAAAUUGAGUUAAAAUUUGAGUGUACGGGAUGCAGCUGAAUUAAGAGUUGUUUUAACCUAUUGGCUGAGGAUCAACAAGCUAAUUGAUUUUUUUUUUUUGGCAAGAGUGGAAGACCACUGAACCAGUUGCCCAACCAACCAGCCAUGGAGUUACGAGGAAUACGCGGGAUAGUAGGUGGCCAGGACACAAAGUGUCAGGGGUUAGGUUUUGGCUAUCCAGUCACCGGGAUUCCAACCAGCUCCGUAAUAACAGCCGUGCAGCAGCAGGACUACUCAGCCAGCGUCUGGCUUCGCAGGAGGGAUAAACUGGAGCAUUCUCAGCAGAAGUGCAUUGUGAUCUUUGCCUUGGUGUGCUGCUUUGCUGUAUUGGUGGCCUUGAUUUUCUCUGCCGUGGACAUCUGGGGUGAAGACGAGGACGGGAUCACAGAGGAGAACUGUAGCAAGGAUUGCAGAGUCGUGCUCGUGGAGAACAUCCCAGAAGACAUUUCCUUCUUAAACAACAGCACAUCCCACCUCCCCCUCUCCAUAGGGCUGUACAACCUACUGAACCAAGCUAUCCGGGUCGUAGAGAUAGUUUCCCCGCAGUGGCUCCUUAACUCCUCUGAUAAUGAAUCCAGUUUCCAGCCUGCUGCCCGACAGGGCAGGGCUCUGCUGUCCAGCCUGCAGGGACUGAAAGCAAGAGGAAUUCAGCUGAAAAUCUCAACUGGAAUAGCUAACUCAACUGAGCUCACUAAACUCAAUGCUGAGGUUCACUAUAUUAACAUGGCAGCUCUGACCAAAGGCAACCUUCACUCCUCCUUCUGGGUGGUCGACAGGAAACAUUUCUACAUCGGCAGUGCCAGCAUGGACUGGAGAUCUCUGGCCACCAGGAAGGAGCUGGGUGUGUUGGUGUACAACUGCAGCUGUCUGGCUCUGGACCUCCACAAAGUGUUCAGUCUCUACUGGGGUCUCCAGUAUAAAGACUUUAUUCCCUCCUUCUGGUCCAAGCGCCUAUUUGCUGUAUCCAACAGAGACACGCCACUGAAUCUCACAAUCAAUGGCACAAAAGCCUUGGCCUAUGUUUCUAGCUCACCGGAUGUUUUCAUUCCCAAACAUCGCAGCAGUGAUCUGGAAGCUAUUGCCAGGGUCAUCCAAGAAGCCAACCACUUCAUAUAUAUCUCCAUUACUGAUUACCUGCCCCUCAUCGGCAGAAACACCAGCAGGUACUGGUCGCGUAUCGACAGCCUUAUAAGAGAGGCUCUGAUCCUGAGGAAUGUACGAGUCCGUCUGCUGAUAAGUUGCUCGGAAAAGACUCAUCCGCUAACUUUCAACUUCAUCUGGUCCCUGAGGAGUCUGUGCAUGGAGCAGGCCAACUGCUCACUAGAAGCUAAAUUCUUCAACCCCAGGGGCCAGAGGGAUGUCAGUCUCGAAGGAAUAAACCACAACAGGUUUAUGGUUACAGACAGAGCCAUUUAUUUAGGUAAUCUUGACUGGGAGGGGGAUGAAUUUACCUUUAAUGCAGGAGCAGGCCUUGUGAUCAGUAAGCUAGAAGAUAUCGACGACAGGAACUUCACCGUCGUGGAGCAGUUACAGGCUGCGUUUGAGCGGGACUGGUUUUCACAGUACACCAUCCCCCUGCAGGCUAAUAAAUUCCUGGCUUGCAACAAGCACCAGAUCAAACCAAUGGUGUUACUCAAAGCCAGCCAGCUACGCGAUGGACCACUGCCUAUUCAGAAAGGGCAGCAUAAUAAAGGAUCUAUACUACCAAGAAAUCAUCACAAAGUUGUUGGACAGACACCGGACGAAACAAGGCACCGUAACGACAGACUGAGCAAACUUACUCGACAAGGCACUGCUAGUGGGUUAGUGCCAGUUAUGGACAACUACCAAGAGAGGAGUCAAAUGAAAAUGAGUCGCUUUGACCAAAAACAGGUAGAAAUAAAAGGUAACGCCAACAAUCCAAUGGAAGUACCCAGUCAGUCCGCUGAGAGCAGUGGUGGCAGAGAGAUCGCCAAUGGAUUUGUGUGACCACAAAAAUCAUGUUUGAAGAACUUCUUUCCUCCAGUGGCAAUGGACUUCCAACACUGGGUCUUUGUAGCAGUUUAUUAUUGUGAUUUUAUAGAAAGACACUUUUCAAAUUUAGGUAUCUGGUUUGCAGGACUUGAUAAAAGGAAGAACUCAGGAAGGAAAGUAAAUGCUCCACAGCAGGCUGGCACUUUUGAUUCUUUACAAAUGAAACCAAAUCAUUUUGGUUUAGAAUUCUGAUUAAUAGGCUAAUAAUAUUUUACAACCUUACAACUUAUAUAUUAUUUUUUUGUCCUUGUUUAGAUCUCCCAGGAAAGGAAAUAAAUUGCACUGAUUGCCUAAAUAUUGUAUGUCACUUAAGCUAACAUUCAUAAUUAAUCACCCUUUAAAAGGAGGGAUAACAGCUGCAUGUGAAGAGGCAGGAGGCACGUUAGCAUAUGUAGCUACAGUCGCUACAUCUGGCAUUCAGAAUUCACCACACACAGGUUACCACACACCUUAAGCUGUUGCAGAUCUCUAACUGCCUCUGUGCUCUCAAUGGUAUUGAAUAUGUUAGCCUAAAGUAAACAGGUUUAUGCUUUUCCCAUAGUAUUCACUCACACCAGAACAUUAUUUAAAUUGCAAAAUUCUUAAAAACAACAAUUAAGCAGAGACUGAAAUAAAAGUUUAAUCGGCUUCCUGGAAACAAACAGCUUCAUGUGGCUGAGCCAAGUAAUGUAUUGAUCUCUAAUUGUAAGCAUUAGUUGUUUUAG